UGACACAACUAAUGUGUUUGAUGGAUCGCGGGAAAAGUGCAGGAAUAGGCUUUUAUAGGCUACUGUCCAAGCUAUAUCUUCCAAUGGAGCGACUGAUGUUGGCAUCUUAAAAUUAUCCAAUAUGAAUGGACGCUUGGAGCAUGGCGGAUAAACAGGAUAAGAGUGAGCUGAAAGCAGAGCUGGAGAGGAAGAAACAACGUCUGGCUCAAAUCAGAGAGGAAAAGAAGAGAAAGGAGGAGGAGAAGAACAAGAAGAAGGAUGGGUCUGACUCGAAGCGGGAAGGGGGUGCAGCAGAUGACUCUUCUGACCUGGAGAAGAAGAGGAGAGAGGCUGAGGCUCUGCUGCAGAGCAUGGGGAUCACCCCUGAUAUACCCAACACCAAGUCAGUGGGCAGCGAGUCUGGAAGCCAGGACUCUGGAGAUGGAAACUCUAGGACAUUACCCUGGGAUCCUGACCCCUCUACUCUGCAGCUGUACUCUGACUCUGAACUACUGGGGCGAGGUUUUAGGCUUGGCAUAGCAAAGGUGACCCAGGUGGAUUUCCCUCCAAAAGAGAUGGUGUCCUACUCCAAGGAGACACAGACCCCCGCCGAUACACAAACACACACCCAGGCUAAACCAGCAGAGGAGGAGGAGGAGGAAGAAGAGGAGGAGAUGGUCGAUCCCAAGCCAGCAGAGGACUCCCAGGAGGAGAAAGCUGAUGAGGAGGAGAAGCAGGAAGAAGUCCCUCCCAAGGAGCUGACUGAAGAGGAGAAGAUGCACCUGCUCAACACUGAGGAGUUCAUGGCCUUCUUCGAUCGAGGGAGCAGGAUUGUAGAGCGGGUUCUCUCUGAGCGAGUGGACGUCUGCUUCGACUACAGUGGCCGAGACCUGGAGGACAAGGAGGGUGAGAUGCAGGCGGGGGCUAAGAUGUCUCUGAGUAGGGUGUUCUCUGACGAGCGCUGGUCCAAGAACAGAGUGGUCACCUGUCUGGACUGGUCUCCUCAGUACCCUGAGCUGCUGGUGGCCUCCUACAACAACAAUGAAGAUGCUCCUCAUGAGCCGGACGGAGUGGCUCUGGUCUGGAAUAUGAAGUAUAAGAAGACCACACCUGAAUACACCUUCCACUGCCAGUCUGCGGUGAUGUCAGCGGCGUUCGCCAGGUUCCAUCCUAACCUGAUUGUGGGUGGGACUUACUCAGGCCAGAUCGUCCUAUGGGACAACAGGAGCAACAAAAGAACAUCUGUACAGAGAACUCCCCUGUCUGCAUCCGCUCACACGCACCCGGUGUACUGUGUGAACGUGGUCGGGACCCAAAACGCUCACAACCUCAUCAGCAUCUCUACUGACGGAAAGAUGUGCUCUUGGAACCUAGACAUGCUGUCUCAACCACAGGACAGUCUGGAGCUGGUGUUUAAGCAGUCUAAGGCAGUAUCAGUGACCUCCAUGGCAUUCCCUCUGGGCGAUGUCAACAACUUUGUGGUUGGGAGUGAAGAUGGAUCAGUCUACACCGCCUGCCGCCACGGGAGUAGGGCAGGCAUCAGUGAUGUGUUUGAGGGACACCACGGUCCAGUCACUGGACUGAGCUGUCACAGUGCCGGGGGUCCUGUGGAUUUCUCCCAUCUCUUCAUCUCUGCUUCCUUCGACUGGACCGUUAAGCUGUGGACCACCAAGAGUACCCGUCCUCUGUAUUUGUUUGAGGACAGCUGUGACUAUGUGUAUGAUGUCAUGUGGUCUCCCAUUCACCCCGCCCUCUUCGCCUGUGUGGAUGGAUCAGGACGGCUGGACCUGUGGAACCUCAACAACGACACAGAGGUGCCCAGUGCCAGUGUGGUUGUGGAUGGGUCUCCUGCACUGAACCGUGUGCGGUGGGCUCACUCAGGGAGAGAAAUCGCUACAGGAGACUCAGACGGGCAGGUGCUGGUCUACGACGUAGGAGAGCAAAUCUGUGUGCCCAAAGCAGAUGAGUGGACCCGUUUUGUGCGCACGCUCGUGGAGAUCAACGAGAACCGAGACGAAGGAGACGAGCUCGCCGCGCAGCGCCUACUCGCCUGAUCACCAUGGUAACAGGGUUACUUUUGGGACCACUCCCCUGUUGCUUCCAAAUCCUCCCUCUGGUUGGAGCAGGCGUGAUGUCUAAUCCCUCAGGGUUCUAGAACGUCGACAGUUCUGUCCACAGCUCCAGUCCUUUUCUAAAUAUGCAAAACGUACCCUUUCACUACUUUGUAUUCGUACAUUUUCCAGACGUAUGCAUGUUCCCUAUGGGCUGACGAUGUGUGUUAAACUGAUGGUGAAGAUCACCCAUGCUAUGCGCAUUCCAACCUUCAUAGACAAGGACAGCCAUGUCCUCAGAUUUUAGCAACAAUUUUAUUUAUCCAUGCUUUUAUAGCAACAAUUAUCACAUUCGGUUGCACAUAUUUUAAACACAUUACAUAUUUCUGCAGAUAGCGUUACUAAUAUCCAAGACAAAAAAAAAAAAGGCUUUUUAAAUUAACUUAAAAAUAUUCUUCAUGGCAAGUUAUGAACCAAAGUUAUUACUUUUUCUUUGAAAAUGUAAUGUACCUGUAGGUCUCUUAAUAGGAAAACAGUUUCAGUCUCCUUCCUGAAAGCAUGAACUUUUCCCUCAUACAAGAUGUGGCUCUGCUUGGGUCCAGAUACAGUACAGUGCUUCCGGGAAGUAUUCAGACCCCUUGACUUUAUCCACAUUUUGUUACAGCAUUAUUUUAAAACGUAUUAAAUAAAUGCAAAUCCUCAGCAAUCUACACAAGCAAAAACAGGUUUAGAUAUUGUCGCACAAAUAAAACAGAAAUACCUUAAUUACAUU